AUGUCUCAACGACCAGUUAUCGCUAUUGCAGGACUUGCUUGUGAGACCUCGACCUUUUCCCCCGCUCGGACACGCGGUGGGGCGUUUCACCCCCGUCGUGGCCCAGAGGUGGUCGAGAAGUACGCUUUUCUGCACCAUGGCACUUAUCUUGCAGAUGCUGCAGACUGGAAGGGGGCACUCAUAGGCCAUGCUCUUCCAGGGGGAGUCGUGGUACGAGAGGAUUUCGAAGAACUUUCCAAGGAAAUUUUAGAGCGGUUGGCUAGAACAGUCGCUUCAAACCCUAUUGACGGAUUAUGGUACGAUAUUCACGGCGCAAUGUGUGUUGAGGGCAUGGAAGAUGUCGAAGCAGAGCUUCUUCGGCGGAUUCGAACUGUCAUUGGCCCAGAUGUUCUGGUCUCGGCAUCCAUGGAUCUACACGGAAAUGUGUCCAGAGAGCUGGCCCACCAGACGGACCUGAUCACUUGUUAUCGCAUGGCACCUCAUGAGGAUGCCUUGGUAACAAAAGAACGGGCCUGUCGCAAUCUUGUAGAUGUUCUGACUUGUCGAACCGACACAGAAAGAGGGAAUAGACCCCUAAAAGCAUGGGUCCCAAUUCCUAUCUUGCUGCCGGGAGAGCAGACCUCGACUCGCAACGAACCCGCGAAAAGCCUGUAUUCACUCGUCCCCGAGAUUGAAGCGAUGGAAAAUGUACUCGACGCAGCCAUCUGGGUUGGCUAUGCGUGGGCAGAUGAGCCACGAAACCAUGCUGUGGUAAUGGUCACUGGAUGGAAUAAGGCUGCUAUCACUAGAGGGGCGAAGCGACUUGCAUCUUUGUUCUGGCAUGUUCACAAGGAAUUCCAUUUCGUUGCCCCAACCGGCUCUUUCUCCGAAUGCAUUGACAACGCGCUGGCAUCUUCAAAUAAGCCCUUCUUCAUUUCUGAUUCGGGGGAUAACCCUACUGCUGGUGGAUCAGGUGACGUGACCUUCGGCUUGAAUCAAUUGUUAACGCGACCGGAGUUUUACAAAAGUACUAGUUCAUCUGUUAUUUAUGCUAGUAUUCCCGGACCAGAGGCAAUUGACAUUAUAGUCAAGGCUGGUGUGGGAACUACAGUGACGGUCACCGCCGGGGCAAUGGUGGACAAUCUGCACGCUGGACCCAUCACUAUGACAGGACGCGUUCAUUCCAUUAGGCAUGGAGAUCUCGAUGCGGAAGUUGAAGCAGUUCUACAAGUUGGAAGUGUCUUUACUAUCCUGACCAAAUUCCGCAAGCCAUAUCAUCAUGAGAGUGACUUUAUCGGACUUGAACUUUGUCCCCGAGCGACAGACAUCGUUAUAGUCAAGAUAGGAUAUCUUGAGCCAGAGCUAUUUGAUAUGGCGGCAGACUGGAUGCUUGCUUUGACUCCUGGCGGUGUUGACCAGGACCUCCAGCGUCUUGGACACCACCGUAUCCGCCGUCCACUCUGGCCCUUUGACAGAGCAUUCCACAUGGCCCCGGAUCUUACCCCGCAGCUAAUUCCAUUCUCAAAUGAAGACUUAACAAUGUGUUAA